CAUAGAAAAGAAAAAAGGGUGGGUGAGUUGGAGUUGAAAAGAAAGAAAAAAAAUAAUUGGAAGGGUGUGAAGAAUGUUGGCUGGUUGUUCUUCUACAUUGUUGUCACCUAGGCAUAGAUUGAGGAGUGAAGCAUCUGCACAAUUUCAAGCUUGUAAUUUCCCUUCAAUGAGCACACAAAGAUUGGAUUUGCCAUGUAGUUUUGCUAGAAAAGACAACCAAAGGUCCCAGUCUAUUAGGCCAGUAGGCAGCCUUUCUGUUGAUAAGCCUAUUGAAACCAAGAACAGUAGUUGCUCUCUUAAGCAGAACAUUCGUCUACCGCCAUCCCCGACGACUGCUCAGACAUCAUCAUAUGUAGAAGGAGAAAGCAAAGAUGAAUAUUGGGAAAAGGGUAGGAGUUUGAAGAGGUAUGCUGAUCAGGGAUGUUUUGAUGAUGAGAACUGCAUAAAUAGAGGAGCUAAGAGGAAAAAGGGUAAUAGGAAAUCAGUUGAUUGCUCAGAAGAAGUAGAAGGCUAUGGUCUGAGUCUGGGACAAUUGGGUAGUGGCAAUUUCUGGUUACAAUCAGGUUACAACGUGUCGCGAUCAGUUCAAGCAGCUGCACCAUUCUCAUUUUCUUGUUCAGGUGAGGAAGAGAGUGUAUGUUUUGUGCCUAGUGAAGUGAUAUCACCGCCUCCACCUUUGUCAAACAAUCCUUGGAUUGAUUCUGUAGUGACUGAGAUUACUAAUUUUGGUGAUAAGAAUGUUUCAACAAGUCAAGAUCCGGCCAAGGAGGCCUCAGUAUCAAGUGCUUCUUUGGACAGUCAUGGUUUGGUUCUUAGGCUUAAUGAGAAUCCCGGGGAGCAUGAAAUAGGCAAUGGUUCGAGGCCACCUAAUCCAAAUGACAGGAGUGAAGUUGUAGCAGCACAUAAUGAGCAUAACAACCAUCGCGAGGAUGAUGCAGCUGAGCUGAUCAGCUUACUUGUGAGUUGUGCUGAAGCAAUUGGCUCGAGGAAUGUCACUGGUGUUAAUCAACUGAUAGCUAGGCUAGGGGAUCUUGCCUCUCCAAGAGGAGGGUCUCCAAUAAUCCGGCUAACUGCUUACUUCACCGAGGCUUUAGCUUUGCGUGUUGCAAGGCUUUGGCCUCACAUCUUUCACAUUAUACCCCCUCGGAACCUUGAUCGUUUAGAUGAUGAUAGCAGUACAGCAUUGAGGCUGUUGAAUCAGGUUAGUCCAAUUCCAAAGUUCAUCCAUUUCACGUCAAAUGAGAUUCUGCUUAGAGCUUUUGAAGGCAAAGAGCGGGUUCACAUUAUUGAUUUUGACAUUAAGCAAGGGCUGCAGUGGCCUAGUCUGUUUCAGAGUUUGGCUUCUAGGCCAAACCCUCCCACUCAUGUUAGAAUUACUGGUAUAGGAGAAUCAAAGCAGGAUCUUGUUGAAACAGGAGAUAGACUUGCCGAGUUUGCUGAGGCGUUGAAUCUGGCUUUCGAGUUCCAUCCAGUUGUUGACAGGCUAGAAGAUGUGAGGCUAUGGAUGCUACAUGUGAAAGAAGGAGAAAGUGUUGCAGUGAAUUGUGCGUUACAGAUGCAUAGGCUUCUAUAUGAUAGUUCUGGUGGGAUCCUGAGGGAUUUUCUCGGGUUGAUUAGAAGCACAAAUCCCACCAUUAUUCUGAUGGCAGAGCAGGAAGCUGAGCACAAUGAGCCUAGCUUGGAAGCAAGACUUGUCAACUCACUCAGAUACUAUGCUGCUGUUUUUGAUUCUAUUGGUUUCAGCCUUCCAUUAGACAGCCCUUCCAGGAUUAAGAUAGAGGAGUUGUUUGCUCGCGAUAUUAGAAAUAUCAUUGCUUGUGAAGGACGAGAUAGGACUGAAAGGCAUGAAUGUUUUGGGAAAUGGCGGAAGCUGAUGGAACAAGGGGGUUUCAGAUGCACAGGGAUUACAGAAAGGGAACUGCUUCAGAGUCAAAUGCUGUUGAAGAUGUACUCGUGUGAGGACUUCAGGGUCAUAAAGCAGGGGAACGACGACGCUGCACUAACUCUGAGUUGGUUAGACCAGCCUCUAUGCACAGUCUCUGCGUGGUCACCCCUUGAUGCUGCUGGAAGUUCAUCCUCUUAUUAUCAGCCAAGUUGAUUGAUUGGUCUUUUGUCGAAGCUCUUCGUUCAUUCAUAGGCAGACAUCUUUUCGUACACAGGAAAAAGGUUACCAAAUUCUUUGUAGGUAGAGUCAUUCUUUCAUUCUUUACUGCAGAUAGAUUUGUCAAUUAAGAAAAGAAAUUCUUUUAGAUCAAAUUGCAUAGGUAAAAUUCCAGGCUUCAUGUUGUUUGUACCUUUCAUUUCAUAUUUUUAUUUAUUCUUUAUUCUUCUUGUAAGCUAGGGGUAUUCUUUCUUAGUUAUAUUCAGUCAAGUUCAUCAAUGUAUUCUUUGUUGUAAUCAUUCAUUAUUGUUAUCCAUCUCAUUGUAGCAAGAAGA